AUGUUCAAGCAGAGUAUAUUCAAAGGAUCGCGCAGGUACUUAGCCUCCGCAAGUAGGAAGCAACCUUCUAUCGGGAGAUUUACCGGGAAGCCAAAUCCUAAAACUGGUAAGUAUACGGUUUCAUUUAUUGAGGGAGAUGGCAUUGGGCCCGAAAUUUCACAAUCUGUGAAGGAUAUCUUUUCAGCGGCUAAGGUUCCUGUGGAAUGGGAAUAUUGUGAUGUGACCCCAAUCUUUAUUAAUGGGCUUACGACUAUUCCUGAUCCAGCCGUUCAGUCUAUUAAUAAGAAUCUAGUUGCUUUGAAGGGUCCUUUGGCAACACCAAUUGGAAAAGGCCACAGAUCUUUGAAUCUUACCCUGAGGAAAACUUUUGGGUUGUUUGCGAAUGUACGUCCAGCAAAGUCAAUCGAAGGGUUCAAGACGACUUACGAAAAUGUGGACUUGGUACUUAUCAGAGAGAAUACAGAGGGUGAAUACUCAGGAAUUGAACACGUAGUUUCCCCAGGUGUGGUCCAAUCUAUUAAGUUGAUCACCAGGGAUGCUUCCGAACGCGUGAUUAGAUACGCGUUCGAAUAUGCUCGUGCCGUGGGCAGGCCCAAGGUCGUGGUGGUCCACAAGUCCACAAUUCAACGGUUAGCUGACGGUUUAUUCGUUAAUGUGGCGCAAGAAGUUGGCAAGGAGUAUCCUGACAUCGAACUUCAACCUGAAUUGAUCGAUAACACUGUUCUCAACGUUGUUUCCAAACCUGAGAAAUACUCUGACUCUGUAGCCGUAUGUCCAAACUUGUACGGCGAUAUCCUGUCUGAUUUAAACAGUGGUCUAUCUGCGGGUUCUUUAGGCCUAACCCCCUCUGCAAAUAUUGGCCACACUGUCUCCAUUUUUGAAGCCGUCCACGGUUCUGCUCCAGAUAUCGCUGGCCAAAACUGUGCUAAUCCAACAGCCUUGCUAUUGUCCUCUGUCAUGAUGUUAAAUCAUAUGGGUUUACACGAGCAUGCUGACCAAAUAGAAUCUGCCGUCCUCGCUACUGUCGCCUCAGACAAGAAGAACAGAACUGCAGAUCUGGCAGGCACCGCAACCACGUCUUCUUUUACUAAAGCCGUUAUCGAAAGGUUAUAA